AUGUCGGCGUCGCCAUAUCGGACUCGUUCCAGUCGCUCCAUUGUUACCAUCAAACCCCAGUCCGAUUCACCUGUAACGGACUCCUCUGACUCUGACAAUUUAUCAGAUCCGUCAGACUCCAGCGACGCUUCCGACUCACCUGAAGCUCCCGUCGGGAACAAGAGCUCCUCUGCGCCGGCGGCUCGGGGUAAGCGGACCUCGUUGCCACUCCUGCCCGAGAAGACUAAAGUCAAGACUGGGCGUUUGGCAUUUAGGAGCCCUGAUAGAGACAGCUCUUGGGGGAGGGGCCAGGGGCUUCCCAAACAGGUGGAACAAGCAAAUGAGACAUUAGCAAAGCUUCGUGACAGACGAAUAAAAAAUCUCAAUCGACUGAAAUCCCUAGGCAGGGAUCUACUAGUGGAAGGACUGCCAGACAUAAUCCGAUGGGAAAGGAAAGAAGCCCAGUUAAGUGAAGAAAAAAGGGACAAGGUGAGCGAGGUGGAGAUUGUGCUUAUAAAGGUGCUGGAAGAUCACAAUCUGGAGACAACCAUCGACGCACAGAAGGGGCUGGAAAAGGCAGCGGUCAAUCGCAACGAAAGCACAACAAUACAAGAAGAGAACAUUCCAAGAGACACGCCAGAAGAGGCAAUACCACGAGCAGAACGAUUGUUGGUAGUCAAAGAAAAGAGAAUACAGCGCGCAUGGAUGAACACUGGGGAAAGGCUGAUCAAAGCCGAGAAAAUCAGAAAGAGGAUACUUCACGCGAAAGCCAUACGAGACGUAUUUGCGAGGGAGUUACACCUCGAGAGGUCUAUUCCACGGAAGACCAAGGCCAAGGCUUCAUCCAACGGUGCAAAGCCGUACAAUGGCACGAAGCAAGCUCAGUUCUCAUAUGAUGCGAUUGAUCCCGGCCAACUUAGGGUCCUUGUUCUGCAUCCCGCGAAGAGCACCUCGUCUCCCCUUAUCUGCACACUUCAGACCAAAUCUCUAAAGGAAGGCCGCAGCCUCAACUAUGCUGCACUUUCCUAUUGUUGGGGGACAGAUUUGGACCAGCGGAGACUGUUGAUCUUCCAAGGCUCUAAGCAGAAGGCAACCAAGUGGAAAUAUGUUGCACGCUAUGCCAAAGAGAUACCAAUUCGGAAGAACCUCUUCCAGGCAUUGCUUCGAUUACGAAGAAAGGACGUACCGAUCGCUUUAUGGGCCGAUGCAGUAUGCAUCAACCAGGAGGACCAAAAGGAGAAGACAGAGCAACUUCAGCAAAUGGCCACCAUCUACCGGAUGGCGAACCAUGUGUGUGUUUGGCUAGGCGAAGCGGAUAGCGAUGGGAGAAGUGAUCGUGCGAUGGAGUUUAUCACAAAGAUUAUGGACUUUGCAUUUCUCGAGAGACUAGCGAACGACAAAGGACAAGCCGGGAACUGGUAUGCUCUGGCCGAGCUGAUGAGAGACCGCUGGUUCUCUCGUCGUUGGGUUGUCCAAGAGAUCUCACUAGCGAAGUCGGCAGCAGUGCACUGUGGCACCAAGACCGUGCAAUGGGCAGAAUUCGCGGACGCAGUUUCGAUUUUUGUAGCGACUCGGGACAAGAUUAGAGAGUUGUUUGAUUUUGAAACGUGGAAGGAGGGUCCCCAGACGUUAGGAGAGGUCCAGUCAUUCGGAGCGAGUAUUCUGCUUGAAGCAACAAGCAGACUGUUUUUACGAACACCGGGUGGUGAAAUCCUUCGACCCCUCAAGGGAAUUGAGGCUCUAGUUACCUCUCUCAAUACGUUCGACACUGCCGACCCGCGUGAUAUCGUGUACAGCCUUGUGUCCAUCGCCAGCGAUACACGAGACGUUGCUGCUUAUGUCGAUAAGAAGGAGCGCGAGCAACAACCCAUAUCCCAUCAACUCGUCAUUGACUACAGACUAGAUGAGAUUGAAGUUUACCAGAACUUCACUAGAUACUGUAUCGAGACGUCAAAAUCGCUGGAUAUCAUUUGCCGCUCUUGGGCAAUGCCACCGAAGACCGCAAAAGGAUCCUUGCCCUCAUGGAUUCGGCUUCUCCGUGAUUCCGAGUUCGGCGAGCCGGAAGAGGUCUAUGAGGGACGAAAGAACGGAGAAUCUCUCGUAGGGCCCGUGGGCAAUUCACGCUAUAGUGCCUCUGGUGGUACGCAGUUUGAGCCGGUAAGGUCCGGAAUGGAGAGACAGGACACUCAUCAAAAAGACGGUUCGCCACUACAUGCGCAACAGGAAACGCCAUCGACCUUGAUGGUCAAGGGGUUCAAGCUGGCCAGCAUUGAUCAUGUAUCACUGGUAAAUGCACCAGGCUUAAUUCCACGAACAUCCCUACGGGACAUAGGUGGCUGGCCGGGCAUUAGCAAGAGCCCUGAAAGUGUACCAGACCACAUAUGGCGGACACUGAUAGCAGAUAGAGACUCCGAAGGCCAAAUCCCGCCCGCCUGGUAUCAAAGAGCGUGCCUGCGAUGCUUGGAGAUUGCCGAUACCUUUAAUAAUGGCGAUCUCAACGUCGGUCAGCUGCUCCAAGGUCCAUCAGAUAUGCUUCGCGGCUACCUCACGCGCGUCCGCAAUAUUACAUGGAACAGGAGGUUCUUCAGGGCUGUGAUGAGCACUGCUCAAGGGCAUGUCACUCCAGAGAAACAGAACUCGAGAAAGGCAGACAACAUACCAACGUCACCUGGUGCAUCUGAUGUCGAGUCUAUAUCCGAAGAGGAUACUACGGAGAGCGUGGACGGCGAGGAACGAGAUUUCUGGGCCGACGGUGGUCUUGUUGGACUCUGUCCGCCAGGCACCAAACGAGGCGAUUUUAUUUGCAUCUUGUAUGGCUGCAGCGUCCCGCUCAUCUUGCGAGAGUCCUCGAAAAAGGCAAGACGGAACUGUUUCAGGGUGAUCGGUGAAGCUUAUGUUCAUGGUAAAAUGGACGGUGAGGCACUAGUGGACUGUAAGAGUGGAAAUGCCUUGGGCCCAGAGGAGGUCUUUGCCUUGAUAUAG